AUGGUUGAGAUAACUGUCUUGAAACGCCCCAGGACCGAAGCUGUUUUGACCCAACGCAAGUUCUUCAAGAAAACCGCCCGAGGAAAAGUAAUCAAAGUUUUGAGGGAACGGUACCUACGCGACGAUGUCUCUUGCGGAGUCCAAGACUGUCGCGAAUGCGGUGGAAACGCGCUACCGGCAGCGGGGGAGAAAAGGCAUCCAUUGUUUCCCAAUGGUCACUUUGUUCUGCCCGAUACGAAUGUAUUUUUAUCGCAAAUGGAUCUCAUCGAAUCGCCUCUCUUCACGCCCCCGAUAAUCCUCCUGCAAACUGUGAUUGAAGAAAUCCGACAUCGAUCCUUGCCUCUCUAUAACCGUCUGAAGGCACUGACGAGGAUGGACGACAAGAAGAUCUGGAUAUUUUACAACGAGUACCGAUCGGAAACGGCAAUCAUACGGGAAGAUGGAGAGGCACCCAACGAUCGCAACGACCGAGGCAUACGGAAGGCGACUGCCUGGUAUAACUCCCAUGUCAGCAUAAAUUAUCUGCCAAUUCGUGGACAAGCUACCCCAAAGCUACCUACCAUCGUUCUCAUGACCGAAGACGCGGCGAACAGACGGAAAGCGGAGCAGUCUGGUAUCACAGCUAUGUCUGUACGGAAAUAUAUCGAAGGGAUGAAAGACUCCACGCAACUACUCGACCUGCUGGCUGCUGAAGGAGCCGACUCGAUUGAACCAACAAGGGCUAAAGCCGGGCGGGAGGCACUCUAUCCAGACUAUCUGCCCGCUACAACUCUCUUGGCCGGUGUCAAAUCCGGUCAUCUUCAUCAAGGUCAUUUUAAUGCCAACCAGUUCAACUACCUCGAAGGAAGCGUUCCGGUACCGGGUUUCAGUAAGCCUGUGUUGCUGAUCGGAAGAGAGAACAUGAAUCGUGCAGUGAAUGGCGACAUCGUCGUCGUGGAGGUGUUCGACGACAGCGAAUGGAAAGCACCGGCGGACGAGGUUGUGGACCAAGAUUCUACCCUCAAAAACGACGACGCAGAAGAUUCGGAAGGUGAAGGAGACGAACAGGAUCAAGUCAAAGUACGAGAAUCGAAGCACCUGCAGUCAGAGAAACGCACCUCCGAAAAACAGCCCACUGGACGCAUCGUCGGGAUUAUCAAGCGGAACUGGCGCGCCUACGUAUGCCACAUCGACAGCACCUCGUUGACAUCAUCCAACACAAGCUCUCUAUCUCAACAAACCGUCUUUGCUACACCGGUCUCUCGCCUUCUUCCUCGCAUCCGCCUCCGGACCCGACAAGCACCCACACUGAUAGGCCAGAAGAUUCUAGUGACGAUCGAUAGAUGGGACGUUACGUCAAGAUAUCCGGAAGGACACUUUGUUCGAGCGCUAGGCAAGGCUGAGAGCAAGGAGGCUGAGCAGGAGAGUUUACUGUUGGAGUUUGAGGUGCCAUAUCGGCCGUUUGGGAAGGCAAUUUUGGAUUGCUUGCCGCCGGAAGGCGAGCAGUGGGUUGUGCCUCCAAAGAGCGAGACGAGCAAGGAAUGGAAGGAUAGAGAAGAUCUAAGGGAUCUGUUGAUUUGCAGCAUCGAUCCUCCUGCUUGUCAAGAUAUCGAUGAUGCGCUCCAUGCUCGCCCUUUGCCCAACGGCAACACCGAGGCUGGCGUUCACAUCGCGGAUGUCUCGCACUUCGUACACCCAGAUACGCCUAUGGACAGCGAAGCAGCUUCAAGGGGCACAACCGUAUAUCUUGUCGACAAACGCAUAGACAUGCUACCUGCUCUGCUGGGUACGAACCUAUGUUCGCUGCGACCGUUCGUCGAACGGCUCGCCUUCUCAGCUAUCUGGGAACUGACACCAGAUGCCGAUAUCGUGAAUGUUCGAUUUACAAAAUCUGUCAUAGCCUCCAAGGCUGCUUUCACGUACGAGGAGGCUCAAAUACGAAAAGACGAUCCGCAUCGACAGGACGACCUAACAGCAAGCAUACGUCUGCUCAACUCUCUUGCCCAAAAGCUCAAAGCCAAGCGAAUGGCCGCAGGAGCUCUCAACCUUGCUUCGCCAGAAGUGAAGAUUCAUCUGGACUCUGCCGAGUCCUCAGACCCGAUCGACGUAGAGCAGAAGGAGAUGCGCGAGACGAACAGCCUCGUCGAAGAGUUCAUGUUGCUCGCAAAUAUCAGCGUUGCACGUAAGAUUGAAGAGACUUUCCCGCAGACUGCUGUCCUGAGGCGUCAUAUGCCGCCACCCAAGACCAACUUCGAGAAGCUACAGGAUAUCUUGAUGAAAAGGAAGGGCCUCAAACUUGACGUAUCGAGCUCCGGGGCGUUGGCAGCUUCUUUGGAUCUAUGUGUUGACGAGAAGGAGCCAGCUUUCAACACCCUUGUCCGUAUCAUGGCUACCAGAUGCAUGCUGUCUGCAGAGUAUUUCUGCUCAGGCAGUGUCGGAAAAGAUACAUUCGGACAUUAUGGUCUUGCAAGCCCUAUAUACACGCACUUUACCAGUCCCAUUCGUCGUUACGCUGACGUGCUCGCGCAUCGUCAGCUAGCUGCUGCCAUUGGAUACACACCUCUUCAUGCUUCCUUACACUCCAAGAACCACGUCGAGCGGGUGCUAGAUGUCGUCAAUCGCCGGCACCGGAUGGCUCAGAUGGCCGGCAGGGCCAGUGUCGAGUUCUAUGUCGGGUUGGCGUUGAAGGGCCGCAAUGAGAAAGAGAGCAAGCUGCUGGGUAAAGGUGCAGAAGUCAGGGAGGAGGCGUUCGUCAUUAGGACGUUCAGGAACGGGCUGAAUGUGUUUGUAUCCAAGUUGGGUAUCGAAGGGUUAAUUCCUUCAAGAAGGACAUGCAAUUCGAUGCGGACAACUACUUCAUUACGGUUGGUGACCAAACGAAGAUUGCGGUGUUCGACAAGGUUACAGUACGCAUAG